AGCCAUUAGGAUACACCCUCUCGGCUGUUCCUGAAGAGAUUCGACCAACAUGUUGCUGUUCAUCGCUCUGUUGCUUCACGCCUUCUCCGGCUUUGUUACAAGUUGUAACUAUGGAUACCCAACACCAAUCGGUGACCUAUUUUUUCCCCCUGAAACCUACAACGGACACAAAUAUUAUCUCUCCAAGUUUCAAUACCUGGAUCCCGAACAUGCUGAAAAGGUGUGUUUGUCCUACGGCAUGUAUUUGGUGGAGGUCAACGACGCAGCCGAAUACAAGUUUGUCCAGGACCUGGUCAAGAAAGAUAACCCUCCAGGCCUGCUGAUUUCUGGAACUGACCAAGCACUUGAGGGUACGUGGAUCUACCAGUUCAGCAAAGAGCCGGUCGCGUUUUUUGACUGGUGGGGAAGUAACCCGGACAACUGUUGUGGUGGAAAUGAUUACAUAACACUCUACCGCGAAUACGGCUUCAGGAUGAAUGACAUGUUUGAUCAAAACCGUGGUGGUUACAAGUUCAUGUGUGAAAAAUGUGGCUGA